UCAAGAUGGUUCCUAAGUGAUAAUCAGCGGUUUCAUAGCUGCGUUUGCAGUAUGUUUACUUCCUACUGUGCCAAAAUUACUGAUCAGAUUUAAGAUUUUAAGUAGCCAUGGACAGCAAGGAUUACGAUCACAUUAGAAAUAUGACCCUAAUGUUUUUUUUAGAUCGGUUAAUUGACAAGGGUCAGCCUCGUACUCUUCAUGAUUUGUCAUGCCAAUUUGGUACGAAAGGUUUCACCAAAGAAAUGCGACAGAUUGCUGGUGGUAGUCAGUCUGGACUUCGUAAAUUUUUAUCUCAGUAUCCAUCUUUAUUUACAAUUAACGAUGAUCAAGUAAGUGUGACCUGUUACUCAUCAGAAAACGAUGAUCCAAAUAGCAAAAGUAAGCGCGAUUAUGCAUAUGAAGCUGUUGAAUACUUUAGAUCUAAGUUAGAGCAAUAUGGAAAUGCCGAAGUGCCUAUCAAAAGUCUUCUUGGUCAUAGAUCGCAGGCUACUCCUGAAAUUAGACACAUAUCUGGUCAACACGGAAAAGAAUUCAAAGAGUUUUUAUUAAAAUAUUCUGACGUUUUUGUUGUGAAAGAUGAUUAUGUAGUGUUAAAAAGUGUUCUAGAAAAUUUAAGCAAUGAUACAACACUAAUGAUUACUAAAGUACCGGAAGAAGAGCAGUUAGAUCCUCACCUUACCAACCAACUUAUAAAUUUCUUUGAAAGUGUUUUGAAACACAGAGGUCCUUUACCAGUUGGUCAAUUGUUUGCUCAUCUAACAGCAUGGUUUCCAAAGGAUAUGUGGUCUAAAAUGGUCAAUAAUCCUCAGGACCUUUUAGCAUUUCUAAAGAUGAGUUCACAAAUCUUUCAUGUCCAGUCAAAUAUUGUUUCUGUGGUUGAACGAAAACCAACAGUAUCUCCUUUGGGUCAGUCAUCUAUGUAUGUAUCCAAUUCACAAGUGACAUUACCUCAGUGUCAGUCUAACGUUUCAUCUAAUACUGUAGUAAAUUCUUCUCAUUCUUCCCCUACUAGUGGCAGCAGUCGUUAUCAAGACAGAUCUCAGUCUUUCCAACAGAGGUUGAAAACUCAAAUUAUGAAAGCAGUAGCAGAUAAUUCUGCCAUAGACUAUAAAGAUCGUAUGAUGUAUAAUACCUCAUCAACUUCAAAUAAAGAAGUUGUUGACAGUUCGAUUAUGAAAAUGAUGAAAAAGGUCAAAAUUGUGACUAAAACAAAAGAGUGCUCUUCAGUUGUAAAGUAUAUACUUUCUCUGAAAGAUCCUGUGAUCUCUUUUGAUGGAGAAGGAGUGAAUCUUGGUCCAUCAGGUCCUAUGACUCUGUUGCAGUUUGCUACUCUUGAUGAGCAUAUCUUUUUAUUUGAUCUCCUUUCUUGUCCUCAGUUAAUGGAGGAUGGGGGUUUGAAAGAUGUUUUGGAGUCUCAAGACGUCCUUAAGGUUGCACAUGACUGCCGUAAUGACAGUGGUGCUCUUUAUCAUCAGUUUGGUGUCAUACUGGCUAAUGUUUUUGAUACACAGGCUGCACAUGCUGUUCUGCAGCAACAGGAUGCUGGUAAGCCUGUGUAUAAAGUUAAAAAUGUUUCCCUCAAUACUUUGUGUAGUACAUAUGGAGGACCUGUAAAUCCUCGCAAAGACCAGAUGAAAAGCUUAUAUCGUAGGGAUCAGAAAUUUUGGAGCCGACGCCCAUUAACUGACGAUAUGAUAUUUCAUGCAGCUUUUGAUGUGUUCUGUCUCCUGCCUUCAGUGUAUUACAAUAUCAAAAGCUUACUGAGAGCAGAGUCAUAUUUGAUGCUUAAUGAGCUGUGUUACGAACAAAUAAUGACAUACAUUCAUCCAGAAGAUGUAAAAUUAUCAAAGAAGCAACGAAAAAUUGACAUGGAAGUAUUAGAUCUGAAGCAGAAACUUAAUUCAGCAAAUACAAAACAAGUUGUUCUGAGUAACCGUGAAAUAAGGCUACUGAGGUAUCUUGAACUUACUCCUCAAGAUCGUGCCAAAAUUGAAGGUACACCUAAAGUAGCAAAAAAAUUGGAACGACUGCGCAGUAGAGGAACAAGUAAUGACUCAGGAUCAGUGCAUUCUGGUUCUGCCAAUGCCGAAGAUGAUAAUUUUUCAGAAGAUAGCAGUGUAGAUGGUAAUGGUGAUUAUGAUGAACAUUUAAGUAGUAAAGGUGACUAUGAUAUCAGUGAAUCAAAUUAUAGUUCAUUUUCUGAUCCAUUUACGUCUUACACAUCACCUACUCAUUCAUUGUCAAAUUAUCGAGUUACCACACCCGAAUUAAUUAUAAAUGGCAACUCUGAUCACUUUAAUAGUUGGUCACCUGGAAGUAGCAGUUGUGGUGUAGUAAAUAGCUGUACAUGUGAUUGUCAUAAAAAGCAUUCUGUGUCUCCUAAAAUUAUGAAAUUGCAAAGUGCUCAAACAUGUAAUUCAGCUGCGCAGACUUUGUCUACCGGUGAUAUUGUUAUAACAAAAGUGUUUUUUGAAGACGGUGAAAAAAAAUAGUGUAAAUAUUAAAUAGUGUAACAACUGGUUUAUAUGUAAUCAGUUUGGAAUCAUCAAAAUAAUGCAAAGUUUAUUAAUUUUUGCUGAAGUUUUUUCAUUUUCAUUGUGAAAGCUAGUGGUGCUAGUUUUUGUUUUAUUUACAUUGCUAUGGGAUCAAAUCUUGCAUCUAAUAUCAUUUUCAUUGAAUAUGUCCUCCCCCUCAGAUUUCUGUUAUUAUUUUCAACUCAGGCUUUCUAACAAGUAAAAUGGAUUUUGUACAUAAUUACUUCAGGCUUGAUUCAAUUCAGGUUUGGCUUUGGGAUUUGUAAAAGUUGCAGUAUGUUUGAUGCAGUUUUUAAAAGCCAUAGACAGUGACCAAAAUCAUUAUAGAGGGAAAUCUGAAAUCAGGUUUACUGUUAUAGUAGUUUUAUAAUAUUCUGCUGGUGGCCACUAACAAAACAAUUAUUAUCUACAGAUAAAUUAGUACCGUAAUAUUCAGGAAAGAUAGUCAGUUAAAAGACUGCAAGCAAGGCAGGAAAAGUUUCAUAAAAAUUUAAAUUGUGAACAUUAUGUUGAGAAUGCAGUUAAGAGAUUUUUUUCUAGUUUUAAUGUAGGUGAAAAUAAAUAUAUCAAUGCUGUUUAAGACAGAUUGCCAAAGGAAUAGAUCAUAGUCAUCAUGCUAUGUAUAUUACUUCUUCCAUAUGUUCUUUUGGCUGACUGACUUUUCUGAUUGUAUACAUUUGCUGUACUUCAUGUGCAUUUCUGUAAAUCUGAAAUUUGUUUGUAAUCAUAUUUCAGUUGUCUUGAAGAUUUAAUCAGUUUGUUACAUCACUUAACUCAAAAGAAAUUCUUUUACUAUGAAUUUUAAAGAUAUUAUUAUAGAGGCUAUUAUAGGAAUAUGAAUCUUAUUAUUGUGUAAGUAGCAGAGCUGCUGACUUUUCCAAUAAACCUGGCAGAUUUCCAAUUUUUCAUCACAUCUCCUAGUCUUCUAGUAAAUAAUUUAUCUAAAUUUUGAUCAUCAAAUAUAGUUUUGAUGAGACUGUUGAUUUUAAAAUGUCAGAAAGGAAUGCUAAUAAGAAAAUUUUCAUGACAAAAUUUUUUUUUAAAAGGCCCAGACAGUGAUGCCAUCUUUUAGUAAAACUUUUGAAUGGUGCAGAUUCCACUUUUGCCCAAGUGAUUUUUCAUAUCAUUUUUGUGAAAAAUUUAUAUUCCCUCUAUUUUAAUCCAUAACAGAGAUUGUUGAGGUUUUGCCACUUGAAUUCUAAUCAUUAUAAAAUUUCAAUUAAUUUUUUUAUCAAUUGAAAUUGUGCAAAGCAUAAUUUAGCAUAUAAUUUAUUAGGCUUAAUUCUGAUAUAUUUUUCUUCAAAUGAAAUUAUUAGUAUAAUAGUUACAAUUAUGCAUUUUAAAGUGAUUUGUGAAAAAUGUUAAAUUGAUUUGUACAAAUAUUGCAAAAAAAUAUAAAAGCAUUUUCUUUUCUGUCAAGUUCAUAAUUGUUAAUUUGGAAUCAUUCAAGAUUUGCAUCACCUGUUGUGCAAAAUCCUUGUUGUUUUUCAUUUUUAAAAGUUGGCAGCUAUGAAGCAGGGAAUAAAACUAAGCUAUGUUCUCUUAAUCUCUGUUCCCUUGCUUCUGUCAUUUUUUCAAUCUGAUGAGAAUCCUUUUUAUAACAAAUAUCAGAAAAGCAAAAUUUAUUAUAAAAAACACAUGUUUUUGUUACUUUUGGCAUUAUUUUUGCUAGGUAUCUCAGCAAAAACUAAAGUAAAAUGUACCUUUUAUAUUUUUGGAGCCAUACAUAGAUAUACUACUUCUUUUUUAUCUAAUGGUGGGCACUUGUGUGUUCAGCAUUGGCCACUCCUAAUGUCAGAAGUGGUGGCCAUUUUAUUCUGGAGUCAACUAAUAGGCAGCCACAAUUGCUUCCUGUGAAGGUAAGGACUGUUACAACCAUGCUUUUUCCGGGAUUUGAACCCAGGCUCUUCAAUACUGCAGUAGGUUACCGUAACCGCUAUAUCGUCUGGGCUCGUACCUUUAGUAGAAGAUGUCUGUCAUGGGUAGACAAAACAUUGUGAAACUUACCUUAAAUAUAAAUAAAGUGCAUGAUUAAAAACAUAGUAUCUAGUGAGUAAGAAUGUCAGAUUGGGUGAAAAUAUAUAAUAUUUACAUUAGCUAUAAAUGUUAUAAUAUUUACAGAGAGAGAGACUGAGUCAUCAUGUAGCUUGUUAUUUCUUUGUAUUGGGAUAGGUUUCACUCUGUGGAGGCAAGCCAUAUAAAUUAAUGUUAUGAUUUAAUGUCAGAAUUCAUUGCUAGCAAAGAUUGAAAUGUUUUAUUAAACCAGUUGUGUUUAUUUAAAAAUAAGCAAGCUAUCAAAAAUGUUUAUGAAGUGCAAGCUUUAUCCAUGCAAUAAAAGGUCUUUCAACCUUGAAUCUUCAGUAUUUUGUGGGAUAUGAAUCUUCUCAUAAAAGAACUUGUCGGGAAAGAUCUUUUUAAGAUACAAUAUGUAUGCAGAUAUUAGCUUGUGAUGUUUUAUAAUUUUCCAAAAUUUCAAGAUACUGUUUUUCAAGCUUCCAAAUGAUCAGAUCUCUAUAUAAAAUUGUAAAUGAAUGCACAUAUGCAAUCUUAAUUUCCAUGUAUCUGUUCAUUCCUGUGUGAAUAUCAUGCAUAAAGCAAUUUGGAUGUUGUAAGUAGAGGUUGAUGCAUAAAGACAUAGUUGCAAUCAUGGCCAUUUUUUCUUUAUUGUCAUUGACAAACAUUUUUAAGCAAACACAGAGAAAGUGAUACUGUUGAGGAGACCUGUUCUUGAAGAACUUUUCUGGUGCUUUUUACAAUUUAGAAAUAUAUUUGGAGCAGGAGCAGCAGUAGGCAUUAGUAAGUUUGCAGUAGACGAGAAUGUGAUGUGUCUGAGAUGAAGGUUGAGUUCAGAAUAAUUUAGUUUUAUUUCACAGCUUCCCCCAUUAGCUGGUAAAAAGGUUUUGGCUCCAAAAUUGAAAUCAUUGUUGGCUGAAGCCUUGAUGUAAGUGCCUGCAUUAUUAACAUUAUGCAAGAAUCAUGUGACAUAAAUUAAUUUUGAAAUGAUGCAAUUUAGAGUGAUUUAUUCUAAGAAAUUAUUAUAUUUUUUAGGGCAGAUAAGGUAAGCACCCGUAUUAAAUUAGAGAAUUAAAGGAUAUUCCAAAUUAAAGUUAAAAUUUUGCUUUUCAUGUUUUUAUCUGAGGUAUAUAUAUAUAUAUACACAUAAAUUACACACUCACACAUCCUAAGGAUUAGAUGCCUGAAUUAAACAUUGGUAAUAAAUAUAAUAGUAAUUAAUCAACUGACAUCAUCCAAACCCAAUUUGACAAUGAUUUUAAUGAAGCAUUCUGUAAUUGAAUUGCUUGCAACAAAAAUGACAAUUAUUUCAAAUAAUAUUUAUUUGCUUCACAUGGUAAUUUCAAAAUUAACCCAGAAGUUCUUAAAAUAAAAUAUUUAGACAUAUUUAAAUUUUAAUGAUAUGAGUGGUAGUGCAUUUUAUUAAUGCAGAUGUACUUAAUAUUAGGUUUUACGGAUGAAAGUUGAUUGAUUUCUCAUAUUAGGUUGUAAUCAAGUCUGUUUUGAUAUGUAUUUUUUAUUGACACAAAAGCUGCGAACCCCAUUUCGCACAUACAUGUAGUUGCAAAUGGUAAAAGCGCCAACACGGCAUUUAGGGACGGUUGAGGAUAUUCAUCUUUUAAACUGUGGCAGAAAUCUGCUAAUGGCAUUAACAAGCGAGCAAACUUAAACAUAUGCUGUGGAUCAUCUGAUAGGAUAAUAUUUCUGUUAGAAAGUCAUGCAAUAGAAUGUAGCUACAAUUUUGAUUUGUUUUAUAUCUGUGUAUGUAAUCAUCGAAGAAAAUAUAUGUUUGUCUGUUUUUCCUGUUUGGAUUUCCUUAUAAUUUACAUCAUGGCCCCUGAGAUGUUCCGGUUUUUACUUUUAAUCUUACGGAAACAUGUGAUGUGAUGCUAUGAGAACUAAUGAAGUCUAUUAAUAAGCAAAAAAAAUUAAAUCACUUUAUGAGAUUUUCAUUGACUAGUGACUAUUGUAAGCCCAGUUAUUCACAUAUAUGGGAUUCCUCUGUAUUUCUAGACCUGUGGGAUUCCCCUAUAUAGCAUUAAUAAUGAAAUGAGCAUGGGAAUCACUGCUACAGGGCUUCUGGAUGAUUCUCAGCACACCUGCUGUAAAAUACCAAAAAUUAUCUCUGUGGCAGCAUCACAACUUGCGAGUUACAUUUCCAUUGACUUUCUUGAUUAGUAAGAUGCGAGGGUUAGUUCUUACUGUUUUUUUAAAUUCUUAGAGGUGUUAAUUUUUAUUGUUUUUAAGUUACCUUUUUGAGCAUUAUGAAGAAAAAGUAAGUUUCACAGAACCCUUAAGUAAGUUACAUGGACAUGGUUUACAAAACCCUGAUAUAGAGUAUGGAGAGUUUGAGAUUAAUUUUGUUUGUUAAUACAAAGCAAAAAUGCCCUUUUUUAUUUUUAUAUUAUGACCUGUCAUUUAAAAAUAGCUACUUCAAGCAUCAAGUACAAAUUUUAUGACAAUAAAAAACGUCCAUAUACAGAUUGUAAGCUAUAUAUUAUAUUUAGUGUAUUUUGUAGCUGUAUUAUUCUGGCAGCAAGUUUAAAUUGUUGGGCCAUUAUUUAAUCAUAGUAAUGUUAAUUUGGUGUUAAUUAAUCAAUCCCCCAGAUCAACUUAAUUUAUUUUGUAUUCCUUUAUUAAAAGAUGUCAUCCAGCCACAUAUAUUUUUUUAUAGAUUGCAAGAUGGUUGAGAGAUGCAGUAUUAGUCCACUUCAUUGUGAGAGAAUUAAUUUCUCAUUCUAUUGUAUAUCUGACGCCUAUAAAAUUCUUCAUGUACGUCUACAUUAUAUAAACUGCAUAUAGUUUGACUAUCACAAUUUUGCAUUUUUUUGUUUCUUGUUAUCAAGAUUUUAAUGCAUUCAAUAAGUAUGAUCAUUUUUAGAUGCAUUUCCUUUUAUAUAUAAGUUCUUGGGAGUAGGAAGUGGUCUUUGUGUAUGAGGUAAAGGCCAUUUGAAGCAGCUUUUUCAGAUGUUUUUAGCAGUGAUCUAGUUGUUUUUUUUUAAUCAAGUAAAAAUAUUUCAGAAUCUGUAAAUUCUAUAAAGCCUGGAACCAUUAAAAUUUGUUUCUUUUUUAAUGUUUAGAAAAAUUGGCCUCUAGCUCUUAUUAGUUUUCAUUUGAACUCUAUAUUUUGCUGUGACAUUUUAAAUUCCACCCCAUCCAUAUGUCAUUUAUAAAAAUGACAAAAAAAUUAUUGCAUGGAUUACCAUGGUUUUUUUCUUGUUUUAGAGGAUUUUUUAAGAUUUUCAUGAAUAUUAAACAAAUCUAAAAUUUUCCCAUGAAUGUUGAAUAAAUUCACAAAAAUCCAAACCUAAACUUUGAAUCUUGGAUUUCCUCUCAUUUUUCCCCCUAGACUUCUGAAAUAUAAAAAAAGGUACAUUUUAUGUAAUUUCACAUAAAGUCGUACUGCCUAUCAGCAUUCACAGAUAACAAUUGACAAUUAUCCUUUUUCUAAAUUUAGAAACUUGCUAUUUAAUGAAGAAAAUUUGUGUGGGAAAUAUGAUGUAUCGAAAUACCAUUAAUUAUUUGCAGCUGUGUGUAUGUGAAGCAUAAAUGCUUUUGAUACGCAUAAAAAUAUUUAUUAUUUCUCAUAAUAUUGAUAAAAUAUAAACUAUACUGCAUACAGAAGUGGCUGCAAGAAUGUACGUAAUCAAGCUGUUGAAGAUUAAGUUUAUCCAUCUUAAUUUUAGUGAAGUGAAAAAUUCUGUAAGGAAAGACUAUCCACACUUGACUUGUUUUUUUAUGCGUCAUACAUGUGUAAAUGCAGUUUAAAAUAUAACAUGUUUAAAAAUUGAUAUAAACAGUUUAUUUUUUCAUAAAGUUUCCAUUACGUGUGUUCAUGAAUCUGUAGUAUCACUUUGUGUAUUUUGAAUAUUUGCUUGAAGAAAGGAUUUUAGGUAUAGAUCAGUAAAUUAAAAAAAAAAAUUAAUGUGACCAGAUUUUCCUGUUCUCCUUUCCUCCUUGGUGCUAAUAUUUAGUUUUGUCUGUGAGAAAUUGUCUUUUCUUGUGUGCUUUUAUAAUGACAUUGCAAAGUAGAUAUACUUCCAACAUACUGACUAGUGUUCAGAAAUUAAGUGUUAUGACACUGAUACAAUUUUAGUUACUUUAUCCUAAUUAAAUUACAAAUUAUAAUUUUAUUUUUCCUCACAGAUGCAGCGUCUUUCUUUAGAAGUAAAUAAAUGUGCUUUUAUCUAGUAGGAAUGUGAUAUCUUCUAUCCACAAUGUGAGAAAAAUCACUCAGACUAGUUAUGAAAUUGUAUCUGGAAAUUACUCCAAAACUUUUAUUUCUUCAUUGUGAUUCAGUUACUUUGUAUGAAUUUCAUACUACUUUGUCUUCUAUGAAAGAAGUCAUUGCAGUAUUGCUGUACGUUUUUUAUAUAAUUUUUGUAGCUCUGUCAUGUACCAUAUUAAAACUUUCUAAGUAUGAAUUUCCUUGCUUGGAAAAGUUUAUAUAUAGGAAUAUGAUAUAAUUCUUGGAGAGAUUUCUUUUGUAGAAUAAUGCAUUGCUCUCUUAAAUUUACUAAUGAAAAAGCUUUUUCAGUCAAAAAUUAGUUUGCGUGUUUUAAACAUAGCAAGGGAAACUUCAGAUAUUAAAAAUGGAUUAGUUUUACACUAAUAGAGAAAUAUAUUUUUUUUAUUUCAUUGUUUUGCUUCAGAAAUUUAAUAUAUUAUUCUCCUGCAUUUUUAAUAUUAUCAAGCCAUUUAAUUUUAUUAAGUAAUUAUUGAUCUGCUUUGUAUACUGUGUGACAGAGCUCAACACGAGAGCCGUGCAAAACUGUGUUUUAGUGUGUUUUUAGUGGUAGACUCUUGAUAGUCAUUUAAAAUGUUAUUUUUGAAAAUAUUUUAUCACAGAAUAUUUUAUUAAUCAAUUUCUUAAAUAGCAAACAGUAUGUUGUAAAUAGUCUUUAUGUAUUUGUUCCACUGGUAUGUAAUUGUGCUAUAAAAAAGUGUAAUUAAAAGAAAUUAUAAUUCAUGGGAAAAGGAUGACAAGAGUGUACCUUUGGGUGGUAGGUUUUUGUAUAUAUAAAUUAAUGCUAUGCCUGUACAUUUUUUAAUUUUGAAACUCUGUGUGAGUAUAUUUUUUAACAUCUUUAAUGAAUUACUUUUUUCAUUCAAGGUGGCAUAUCUCAUUUUUUAAAGGUCACAAAUUCAUAAGAUAGAUUAACAGUCACUUGGAAUGUAUACUUUCCAAUAUUAUAUAUAUAUAUAUAUUAGUGCUAUAUGUUUUCAAGCAUUUUAGAGAUAACUUUGUUAAAAAGUUGCAUUUAUGUGUAUUAGAGAAAGUUUUACAUAUAUGUAAUAGAGAGAGAGACUGUUAAACUUCUGGCUGGGAAAAAACUUGAUGUAUUUAAAGAACAGCAUGAUCUCCGAACCGAAUUGAAUCUUUGUCACUGGGUCAUCACAGUUCUGUCAGGCAUGCUUUCAACAAUAGAAUAGGGACGGAAUCUUUCUGUUGUAUUCAUACUUAUUUCAGGCUUUUGUACAGUUGUGCACAUGGCUUCUUAUUAAGUUUUUAUUAUCUUACAAUGUAAUUAUUAGUUGGAUUUCUGCCGUUGCAUUUCUCAUUCUAGAAAAAAUUUAUACUAAGUUUGUUCUAUUCUUAUAAAUCUCUUGUUUGUUGAUAAUAUGGGUAAUUUGAUGUACUAUUGAUAAUAAAACAAUACCAUCUAAGUUUAUAUGCUUACACAUAUUUAUGAUUUCCAAAGUGUUGCUCAACUUUUACAUAACAGUUUUUUUUUUAUUAAUUUUAACUCAUUUUAUUUUUUUCAUAUUUAUUAAAUGUUUAAAUACUUAACAGAAGUCAUUUUCAUAAAAUGUGCUUAAUUGAAUACAUACUCAUAUGUGAAUAUUCAUGUAUGAUAUGUGUGUAACAUGUAUGAAACUCAUACUUACAUAGGUAGGUAUAUGUACAUGAGUACGCAUACAUACAUGAAUGGGUAGCUAUGUAUUGAACUCGUGCAUGAAUAUAUAUUCAUAUACACACAUGCAUAAAUUUGUAUACAAUGAUGAUAAAAAAUAAAAUAGUUUUAUUUGAAAACAUGCAGUACUCAUUCAAUUCACAAAGCAUCAUAUGGAUUGAGAAGUAUAAAUAGAAGUUGUUUGUUAACUUCUGUGUCCAUUUAAUUAUAUACCAUGAUUUAUCAUUUUGUUCAUUGUGCAUUAAUUUUAUAUUUUUAACCCUUAUUCAAGAAGUUGUAUUAUGUUAAAUAGUAGUUGAUUACUUCAAAAUAAAUAAAUUUAGCCUUGACCUGCUGUUUCAGUGAUAAUUUCUGCCUCUGGGUAUACUCAGGACUUGAAAUAGAAAUCUCAUUAAAUUUUUGUGCAAUGUUGAUAACAUUUUUACCAAGUGUAACUUAGGUGUAAUUAGAUACACGAAUAUGUAGUUAUUAGUGAGUUAAGACUUCAUCUCAAAUUUAUGGCAAAAUAUGUCAUUGUUAAAAAAUUCGGUUUUUGAAGGUUAAUAUGAAAGUCUAUUAAUUCAAUAGAUUACCUUUUGUCUCAAAGAAUGCUUUUAUUUAGACCCAUAAACAUGUUGAAUAUUAAUUUUUAUAUAAUUUUCAGACCCAAAGACCUGCUUAAAGUGCUCCUGUUGCCUUAACUAUUGAUAAAGUAAAUUAUUUUAGAUCUUAAUAAUUAGUUUAGGGGGAGAUUUCUUCACAUGUUUAUUUUUAAUCUUCAUUUCUGUAGCUUAAGUAACAAUAAGGCACUGGAUCUUAAUAUAUAAAUUUAAUUAUUAUAGACAUCAUAAUUUUACACAUGUUGAAGUUUUUAGCAUCUUUUAUAUGUAAUUUAUAACUAAAAAUUCAUCUCUGCUAAGUAAAAUGGUUAAUUUAAUAAGUAAUUAAUUCACCAUAAUUUGUUUUAUUUGAUGUCAAGGCAAAUGUAUUUAAAAAAAUAACUGGAAAUAAUUAAUUAACUUUUCUAGUGACUUUCAAACAGUAUAUUUUUGUUCUCAUUAUAGUAUUUUGGAGCAUUUUUGUUAUAUUAAUAUAUAUAUAUAUAAAGAUUUAUGUCAAAUCUGCAGAUUUUGAUCAAAAUUUUGAAGUGGUCUAUCUAUCUUAAUGCACGUUGUAAUCUUAUUGUUAAAAUCACAAUAGCCAUUAUUUUUAUAUAUGCAUUAAGUUCUAAUAAUACUGGAAAUUUUGAUGUAUAACUGUAAUACUUUAUAUCCCAAUAUUAAUUAUAUUUAGCAAUUUGAUUUAAAUGCUACUCCUUCUAAAAAAGUGAACAGAUAUAUCCAAAAAAACAUAAAUUUAAUAUUUUGACUAUUAUGGGUACCACUUUUAUUAUAUAUAUGUGUGUGUAUGUGUGGGUUUUUUUUUUUUUUUUUUUUAAGCUUUUGAUAUAAAUUUGAAUGCCAGCAAAUAUUUAAUUCGUUUUAUUUUUGUAGCAUUGAAAAGGCAGCUUGUAUAGUAAUUUAUGUAACAGACUAUAUCUGUGAUUUUUUUUAAAGGUGUUGGUUGCAGAAAUUUGGCUUGAAUUCUGUGAGUUUGGAUUUUAAAUAUAUAUAUUAUUUAUUCUUUGUAAUUAAGAGUUUAUUGAUCGUCAGUACCAUUGUUUUGUGCUUUUAAUGAUCUAAAAUUAACUGCUUAUUAAUGGAGGCAGUGUGAUAUAUGAAUGAAUUUAAUAAUUUAAUUGUUGUUAUAUUUAUACUAUAUAUUAAAGGAAACCUGAAAGUUUUCUAGAAUGUAAGUCUACUAUAUAAGCAGCAAUUAUCUGUGUUUUGCUAUUAUAAUACAACCAGCCUGUUAGUUUUUAGUCUGCUAAAUAGUAUGUGACUUUGAGCUGUAAAAAUCAUGCCAUUUUUCAGUCCCCUGUCUGGUAUUGAUAUGGCUGAUGUUUGGGGAGGAAGGAAAGUUUAAAAUUUUGUUUAAUUUUGAAAAAAAAAAUGUACCUUACAAACUUGUGUCUUAUUUAUAGUAUUUUCCUGUUUCAAAGGUAAAUACUAUGAAUAAACAAAUUUAUAGAUAGCUAAGAGAAAAAUAUCAGUCGAGGCUAGAUCAUAUUUUGAUCAUUCUUUCAGAAUCAAAAUUAACAAAAUGAUUGCCAAAAAUUAGUUGGGUUUUCCCUAAAAAUUACCGUAUACUGAAUUUGGUUGGACUGUUUUGGGAUUGGUUUAGUACUGACAGUACUGUUUUCAAUAUUGCUGUGAACAUGCAGUACUGCUUGGCUGGAAACAGUGAUGCAUUUUGUCCCGAUUUCACCUUGUGUCUGCUUCCCCCCCCUUCAUUCCCACAUAUGAAGUUGGAAUUGAAAUGAAGUAUUUCCCUGACUUUGAGAAGAUUCAGCAAAAAUAAAAAGACCUGUAUAAUAGCAUGCAAGGUAAAUACUUUCAAAAAUGGAUCUAACAUCUGGAUAUUUGCAUUAGACAAAUGGGAGUAUUUAUAAGAUGGCUGAAGGAAUCAUUAUAUUUGCAUUAGACAAAUGAGAGUAUUUAUAAGAUGGCUGAAGGAAUCAUUAUGCAGAUAUAUUCACAAAGAGUUCCCAAAACUUUCAGAUUUCCUUUUCACAGUGUAAUAUUAAACUGCUGUAUUUUCCUCCCCUGCACGACUAGUUCAAAUGUAAUUAUGUGUUCAGCUUAUGUAAAAUUUAAGUUAUUAAUAAGAAACAUGAGUUUAUUACACAAAUGUAUGUAUAAAAUUUAAUUUUAAUGAAAUGUAGAGUAUAGCAAAAUAUUCUCCUUAAAAUGGCAGUGUGCUUACAUUGAUUAUGAAAUAAUUUACUGUACUUUCUUGUAUAUUCAGAAGUUUAAAUGUUAUUGAAGAAUGUAUGCCUUCAGUGUAUGUUGAAUGAACAAUGAGAGUAUUAACAAUAAAUUUUUUAUAUGCUGCA